UCUUUAUUUAAGGCCUUUAAGGUGGCGGCUUCAUGUGUAAUCCAAGCAAACUAACUAGUUCCUUCCACAAUGGGCAAAGCCUCUAGUUCUUCAUCCUCAUCUAUCAACAGCUGCAAAAACCCUUCUAAUUCAACUUCUUCCUCUCUCUCACACCAAAAUAGUGGAGACCUUCGCACAGAUCUUAGGCUUGGACUCAGCAUUUCUGCCACUCAACAUGUUGGCUCUUCUAGUUCAGGGGGGCACUGGCAACCGGUGCAGCCACAUCUAAGUUGUUCACAAGUUACUGAGGUGAAUGAUUGCAGUGAUUAUACCAGCUUCUUUGUGAAGGUCUACAUGGAAGGCAUUCCAAUUGGUAGAAAACUCAACUUGUUAGCUCAUGAUGGCUACCACGAGUUAGUAAAGGCCCUUGAACAAAUGUUUGACACCACCAUUCUGUGGGGGACUGAGAUGGAUGGAGUGCAACCAGAGAGAUGCCAUGUUCUAACUUAUGAAGAUGGAGAAGGAGAUUUGAUUAUGGUUGGGGAUGUGCCUUGGGAAAUGUUCUUAUCAUCUGUAAAGAGGUUGAAGAUCACAAGGGUCGAGGCAUUCGGGUGAUAGAUGCAUACAUAUGACAACUUCAAGUUUAGUCCUAUAGAGUGGGACACAAUAUUAGUGAUUAUUACUGAUCAUCAAAGUAAUAAUCUUAGAAUAUGUUUGGAUAAUGGUAUGGCAUGAGAUGAGAUCAUGAGAGCUAGCAAAUCGAAGGAAAAAAAGGGAAGGAAAGGGGAAAAAAUAAGGGGUUAAAUGAUGUUUUUGCCCCUUUAUUUGGAUAUGGAUAUAUUUAAAACUUUUCAAAUCUUCUAAAGUUAGGAGAUUUUGAAACAAAAGUGCAUGAAAUGUCAUAUAAGGAUUACAUUUUUUUUUUCUUUCUUUCCAUCCUUUUGCUCACUCACGCCUCUAAUGGCUUAACUUUUCUAGUUUCUAGAAGUCAACUUUUAGCUUCUCUCAUUGCCGACAUAAUUUCUCCAAUUGUUAAGACCCAGUUCCUCCGCAUUCUCACAAAGAAAAUAAAGAAACCAAAGGAAAAUUGCACAAAAAUAUAUGAGGACAAGAAACCAAGGUGUGAAAGAGGUGUUGUGCGAGGAAUAAGGAGCAUUAAAGGGACAGACAUAAUAGAAUGUCGAGCGCAAUAAAGUAAUUUUAUACGACACAUAGUUUGAUUUGAUUUUGAUUAGUAUAUAUACACUUGUUCAGAUUCAAAUUUCAAUCACAUAAAUGUUGAUUUUAUU